GUGUUCGGCGGCCUCCGGGCCCGGGCGGUGGCGGUGGGUUCCCCCGGCUGCCGGGCCGCCGCAGCAGCAGCUGGGCUCAGCCUGUGUGCGCUACGUGUGCUGCGGCCCGUGCCUCGCUGCAGGGCUGCGCCAGCCAUUGCCCCUGCCCGCUGCCCAGUCCCUGCCCCCCGAGGCUACGAGCCGCAGUUGGAAGCUCCUGGUUUGGCCUUUUAUUCCGGGACGCCACAGAGGCACAGCCCGUGGUCCCUGGGAAAGGCGCGAGCUGCGCGCUGUGUCGGGGACAGCCCGGGCUCGUGCGAGGGACUCGCCCCGCAGCGGCGUGCGUGCCCGGCCCGAGCCUCCCGUGACGCCGAGCCGGCCAGACCCAGGAGCCCCCGGCCUUCUUCCCCGUGAGCAACUGCUAGGCCAGCCCCGCUACUGCCCCCUCCCUGCUUAUCUGUCUGCUCCGGGCCCCGCCGUGGGUUGUCCUCGUGCACAGAGCAAACCCUUGCACCAGCCAGGGCCUUGUUACUAUGUGCCCCGUCCCACUGAAGCUCCACAGAGGCAUUACAGAUGAGUCUGCUGCUCCAGUGUUACAACAUUGCCCAUUUGUCUCAGCAAAUUGAAGAGCUUCUACAGGACCUCUCCUGAACUUAACACACCUGCUAUGGUUCCAGCAUGUGGGUGGUGGUAUCCUGACAGUGAGGAUUAAAAUGUGUGUGGAACUGCUAGCAGUGGCCAUUCUGCUAACUCUUCUGUCUCCAGGAUAGACUCAAAAGAGAAACUGUCAAGUAUUCCUACUUCGUUACAACACUAGCUCCUUUGAUCUCAGGACCAUGAAAAGCUCUUCUGUCUUGCGCCUUAUACUGUUGCUAGGGCUGUGGAUUUUGGAAAGACUGGUUGCAGGUCUGAUUCUGGCUCCUCUUACUGCACUGGAGCGGCAGUCACUGACUUCCAAACUGUGAUGCUUGUUUAAGGAACUUUUCAUCAAGAUGGGACAAUCUGUCCUUGAUGUUGGAUAUUGGACUCAUAGCUCAUGCUUAGUUACUUGUAACAUGUAUAUGAAUCCUUGGGAACCUCAGAAGAGGCUGAUUAACUGAUUAAAAUGCAGGCUGUCUCUGGGUAAGUGGAGUCCUCUAUAAGGGAGCAUCAGGCUCGCCUCUAUUUAAGCUAAAAACAACAGAUGUGACUCAGAUGGAGCAAUGGUUGCUCUAGGCCCUUUAUGUUGCUCUGGUGUAAAAGGGCCAUAUGAGAUGGAGUGGCCCUGGAGAGAACUGUGCGGAUGCAGAGCUGAUUCAUAGAGUCCUUCAUUACCUAUGUGCAGCCCCCGGUGUGGAGGCAGUUCAGGAGUGGUCCCCACAAUCACAGCACAGUCCUCUCUAGGGGGCACUCCAGCUCUAUGGCCCUUUUACACCAGAGUAGCACAGAGUGCCUGGACCAAGAACCACAGUCUGACCUGCCGACUUUGUCUUAAGUAGAGAUGAGGUCAGGCCAUGUGAUAAUAGGGGAUGGGCUUAUAAUACUUACAACUAUGGGAGAUCUGAUUUGAGAAAGAACUGAAGACUCCAGGAGCUGCUGUCAUUUAGGCUGGGAGUUGAGGUCCCUGGAGAUAUUAACCAGCCAACUUGCUCCCUGGUCUGGACUCUGCUUCCUGAAAGCCUAAGGCAGAAUCUGCUUGAGUGUGAGUGAAAGUGAGUAUUAUCCAGGAAUUAGCACAAGCCUCAACAACCCCCCAGCUAUGAGCUAGUGGCAGGAGAGUGCCGAUCACAUAUCACUCUAUAACCUACACACAAACACAGGGACACAGCUCAUGCUUAGUCACUUGGAACACAUACAUGGACCCCUGGGGACCCUAGCACAGGCUCUUCCUCUAACUGAUUAAAAUGCAGGCUGUCCCUGGGUAAAUGGAGUCCUCUAAAAUUCUUUAACUGAGCUCCAACAGAGAAGAUAGGAAAAGGUGAGCAUACAGGCAGGGAAGCAAUGAUUUCUCUCUAAAAGAACCAUGAAAAACAAGGGAGGUUGUUUGAACUGAUACAGAGCAGUUGCAGACUGAAAAGUGAUUCAGACAAGUGCCUUUGCAGGGUUGGAUGAUCAUAUCCCCCCAGUUACCAUCAGAGCAGAUUUGCUCGAUUUACAGAUCAAGUCAGGAUGGGCCAGAUCCUCAGCCAAUGUAAGCUGUUGUCUCUCUAUUGACUCAUCUUUGAGCUCUGCUAGUUAACACCAGAGGAUAUGCUGGCUGCCUGCUCCCAUCUGCUGGCACCACUGACUCCUGUGGAAAUCUCAGCUGCCAAAUUUGUAGAUGUUGAUUCAGCAGAGAGCCAAGCUUUGCUGUACAGAGCUGCACCCGGUCUGCUGUGCUAUGUUAAACAGCCAGGACCUGGUUUCCCAAAUGAAAUGUAGACUCCAACACAGACAAGGAGCAAAUAUGAUGGUGACUGUGCAACAUGUGCUCAUAAGGAGGAGGGGAUCAAAACCAUGGGGGGUGGGGAGGGGGCCACAGUAGGUUACAUUUAGGUUACGCUUGCAGUUCAUGUUACCCCAUGUGUGUGGAGGGGGGAAAGAGGAAGGAAGGACUCAUAUAUUAGCCUCUGCCUAGGGACCCUUAAUAUCUAAGCAUAAACUAUAACUCUAAAAAUACCAUAUAAUCUCUAAUGAUACUUUCUUUGAACCUUUCUUCAGAAUCCAAGGGACACUCACAGAGGAUGGUGAUGCAUGGGAGGACAGGGUUUAUUUGUAUAGGCUCCACUGGAGAGGAAGCUGGGUAAAUACAUGGGGGCAAGUCGGCAGUGAGCUGGCUGCUGCUAGGGCUACACUGUAGCACUACCUGAGCUAGUUGGUUGACAGCCAGCUCAGACCAGCCUAAAUACUGACUCAUUGCAGCAGCAAUUGCAAUAUAGAUACCUCCACUGCAGAGUAGCUGUAUGUCAGGAAAACUUCUCCCUGCCCUCCUGGCAAUUUGCCUCAACUCUGCUCUACUGAGUGGGGUGACCUUCCUGAUCUGCCUCCUGAACAUCUAGACAAAGAAACUAGGGCAAGUUAACAGACAGUAAGGACUUUCCAUGGAGCUUCAGUUCUGUGGUACCUGUGCAUCUACUGUCUCUGAGCCCCUGGUAAGUGAACAUGAAAAAGGAUGAUGUUGUUUUGUUUCAUGCUAGGGAAAGCUCCUUCUGUUUAGCUUUCACUUACCACUGGGUAAGAGUGGACAGCCAGACAGUUAUCACAUAUCACUACCCCAUGCUAAGCUCCUUUUUAACUGACUGAACUUUGUUUGUCCAUACCCUGAGCCUGCCAAGGAGAACACUGUAAUUAGUGACAGCUUUAGCAGCCACAUAUGUGACAGAGCACAUAUGUCCUUAGGAAGAGGACUGAGAUCUUUCACAAACACCUAAUCAAGUGUGGUGGCAUCUGGAUCAGAACUGAUGACCCAACAGUGAAGGCCUGAUCCAUUUAGGUCCCAGGGUAAGAGCUUUAAUCACUGAUAUUCUAAGAGGCCUUCAUUUUUACAUUAUUUUUUCUAGCCAUCAGAAAAUAUGCCUUACAUGAUGUUCAUAGCUGUGACCAGAAUGUCCUUGAUAAGGGUGCUUUGCAGCAUGGAAGCAUUCUUUGUCUUUCAGCUGCAAAAUCUUCAUAACAUACUUUCACUAAUAGAGAGAAAGAAGUUGAUCUGUAGCUCUCAUUAUACCCCAGCAUGACAUGAUAUGUAUGUCACACUUUUUGCCUUAGGACAACCAAAAUCAUUUGUUGGAUGUGCAACAAUGUGUAAGGGUUUUACAAAAGAAUUACCCCUGAGGCUGUUGAAGAGCUACAAGAAAACAGACCCAUCCUGUCCCAAGUCUGUUAUCAUAUUUGUUACUAAAAAGUCCAGGGAGAUUUGUGCAAAUCCAGAGGACAGCUGGGUGAAGGAGAGAGUCAGGGAACUUGACCAAAAGAAUGCCCCUCCAACUCUUUCACCUUCAAAUCCCAUCAGUUUUGUAUCAGCACAAGAAAAGGCAGGCAUAUUUCAGAGAGUUAUUGGAGGUGUCAUGUCCUCUGCAACACAAACCAGUGGCCCAGGCUGUGUCACCAGGCCCAUGGAUUCUCCUAGUCACACAGCUGGCGUAACACUUUCAGAGGCAGUAAAUGUUUCUACUGUAAGGGCAGAGGGUACAAAUUUUCCCAUAUUGCUUGCACAAGAAGCUAUGGGGCUCUUUACAAAAACUUCCUCUUUGUUUCCAGAUACUAACACUGCUACAUACUCUGAGCCUGCUACAUAUGGCAGCAAGGUUUCCAUGAGACUUGUUUCACAUCCAACAUAUGCACCAGACACCAGCCUCAGUGGACUGACUCCAUAUGCUGUGAGAAGGCCUGAGAGUUUUACAGAAUCCACAGAACCUUCUAUAAGUAGAAAAGCUGAUGCGCCAACCACUGACCAUUACAGAUUUAUUUUACAUUCUACACUGGUCAUGACAGGAUCUCAGAGCAAUAUAGGAUCUACAGAAGAAUCCACAGGAUCUCCUGCAAGUGCAAUAUCUGAUGUGCCAGGCACUGUUCCCAAUAUAUUUAAUUCUGAUCCUACGUGGAUCAUGAAAGGGUUUGACAGGUUCACAGUAUCAACAGGUAAAUCCACAGGAGCUACAGUAAGUCCAGUAACUGACAAAUCAGAUGCUAUUCCUAGAAGAUUUACUUCAGAUGCCCCAUCCAUUGAAAGCAGUUCUGGGAGUACCAUAUUCCAGACAACACUUGCCCUACUAAAAUCUGUUCCCAGCAAGCCUGCUGAAGAGUUUACAUUGAUGGGAAGAGUGAUGGAGAGCUACACUCUGACACUUGCAGAUGGUGUGAAAGGAAGUGUUGCUGUCACAGGACUCACUACACACUCCUCUGUUGAAGGAGAAACUAGUUCAUUCAGUAAGAACAGAGAUAAUACAAGACAGGUUGGUAGUGACUCUGCUUCCAGGGGUGAAGAUAACACCUCUAACCAUUCAUAUCAUGUACAAAAGGAAGAUUCUUCUCAGUCCAUUCCUGAAUCCAUUUCACCAGCAGACACUUCAGUCUUUAUCAGCACAACAUCCCUAGAAAUGAACCGAGCCAGGAUGCCUACAGAAAUACCAGAUAUACCAUUGGCAUCUUCGCUCAGCUUUCUGGCUCGAUACCAAACCCUUGUCUACAGUCUGGUUUUCUUGGCAGCUGUUCUGUGUGUUGGCACUGCAGUCAUAUACAUAAAGUCAAUGGCCCUUGGUGGAAAAGUAGCUAAAGAAAUGGUACAAGGCGUGCUUUAUAGUCAGCAACGCUAUGAAGCUAUUAACUAUUCAGUGGACAUCUGAUUUUUUGAAGGCAUGAACUUUGGCUUCUAUCCUACAGCCUACCUGCUAGUUAUGUUUUAGGUAGGCAAAAGUUCUCUCUAAACAAGUUUACAUUGGACCAAUAAACAAUGCAAGGAAAAUGGGCCAAGGCAUAGAGCCACUGAGAGGAUUUAUAACUUCUGGGUAAAAUGCAAAAAAAUAGCAGAGGAAUGGUUUGUUAAUGGCCAGGUUUACAAAUGAGUUAGAUAGAUUUUAUUCAGCACUUUUAUUGACAAGCAUGGCUGCGGUGGAAGAGCAGUGCAGAUGCUAUUUUCCCAUCAGUGGCGAAGGAAUGGUUUUGAAUCAGUCCUGAGAGUUUCCUCUAUUCCAGGGGUGUCCAACCUUUUUGAAUAUGGGGCUGGAUCACAAACUUUUUAUCACCCAGUGGGCCGGUGAGCCAUAUUCAAAGACCUCACAGGAAGUGGUAUCACAUCAGGAAGUGAUGUCACGUGACCUUUGCCACCAACUAAGUUGCAGGAAGUGAAAAUGAUCUAGGCAUAGCUAUGCCCAUGUUCUACUAUGAAUACUUCUCAUGCUUCUGGGCUUUGCUGGUUGCCCCCACCACCACUCUUCCCCUUUCUGCUAUAUGUGCCAGGGUUUUUUUAAGUUUUCCUCAGAGGUAUUGGAUGUUGGCUACAGCCAAGGCUAGGGACUUUGACUGGGGUGUGCCAAUGGUCCUUCUGGGACCAAAUCCAGAGGUUUUUGGCUAGAGGGUUAUGUCCAGAGGUAGGCAACCCCUUCCAUGGGUGCCAGAGCAUAGCACACACAGGCAUUUUGCUUGGCACGUGUGCCUCGAGGCAGACUUCAGGGGAAGGGCCAGGGCUGUGCUGCCACAACAAGGAUAGAGCCCAUCGUGGCUCCCCCGCUGUCUGCCACUGGCACGCUAACAUUUUACAAGUCAAGACUGUGGGUGUUUUUGGCACUGCCCAAAAAACGCUGCUGAGCCCUGGUCUUGCCCCUCUGCUCGGGGCCCCACUGAUCACCAAAUUUAGGGUCAGGAAGGAAUUUUACCUCACGGUCAGAUUAGAGCAGACUGUGGAGGUUUUUGCCUGCCUUUGUAAUGCUCCAGUACCCGGCUUCUGGGACGUGGGCACAGCCGGCUCCCAGGAGGGAAGACCAGGCUUUGAGGUUAAAGCCUUGGCCCCAGGAGAUGGGGGUCAGAGCCAAGCCUCCCUCCCCUGUGAAAGGCAGGGACCCCCCCCCCGACACACAGGUGCCGGGAGCCCACAGUCACCAGCCCAGCCCCGGGGGAGGCGCCAUCUUCCCGCCCUGGCCCGGCCCUACCUGUGGCGCCCCGGCCGGUCAGGAGGCGGCAGAGGCAGACGAGGGUGAGCCCAGCCACCGCGCCACCUCCACAGGUCUGCAUCGCUGCACCCCGCCGGGCUGGAGGGAGCCAGAGCUGGGGCUAGGCGGCACCUCGGGGCACAGCGAGCGCAGGCUCCGCCCGAGCCCAGGACCGCCCCGCACAGCAUGGCCAAUGCUGACAGCCUGGCGGGAGGAGGCACCUGCCCGCGCCGCUCCACCUCUGCCAGCGACCCAGGGCUGGGUGGCCAAACCAGGCUGCCUUUCUCCUGCGGGUGGGGAGUGGCGAGUCGCUUGGGCCGGGAAGCAGUGGCUUCCCCAUGUGGUGCUGGGGACGGGAGGAGGCGGGCUGGGUCUGCACUCCUCUUCCCAUACGUACCGUGUCGGCAACGUCAAGCUGAUGUAGUGCGUGCGGCAACCUUGUCCCCUUCCCAGCCCUUCAACAGCCAUUAGGAAGCUGCUGAGGGGCUGGGGGAGGGACAAGGGGUGGGAACGAAAGUAAACCGUGUUUACUUUCGUUUCCCACAGCAAGUGCCUUGGCGGGCUGCAUUGCAGCCCACAGGCCAUAUGUUGGACAAGCCUGCUCCACUCUCUGCUGUGGUCUGUGGUGGUCGAGUGGUAGGCCGGGCUGUGGCCAGUAGCCCCGAAACGGCAGGCGGGUACUUUUGACCGAUGGAGCGGAAUUAGGCACUGAAGCGUAUUGGUUGAACAGAGAUUAUUUACUUACGCCGGCGGUGUACACAGCGCAGGAAGAAGAACUGACUUAGGUUACAGUUGCAAACGUGAGCUCUCCGAGUCAGACAAAAUGACAUGAACGGCUUAUCGGGCCGGCAGGGCACGGGGGUACGUCGGGACGGUCGGCGAUGGGGAGUCGUUGGUGGGUGAUCAGUCCGCCAAGUUCACUCCGAGAUGUGCGUGGAGUUCUCCGACUUGGGCGGAAACUGCUUUAACUUUUAUAUGACUAACAAGCCAAUCGCUAGUCACCAAAUAUGAAUAAUUAUAACCAGCCAAUGGUGGUGCGUGUAUUUGCAUAAAGUUGGCGGGAACUUUUACUGCACCGGGGUUUUCUGCCAUAGCGGAAAAUUCCACUGUGGCGAGAAAUUCCACUGUGUUAUAGGUAUCAAAUCAAUGAAACAUUCCACUGUGACAUGGGCACUCAACUACUGGGUUCUGACAUGGUCCAGCUAAAAAGAACCAAGCCGAGCUGCAUUCAGAUUGAAUGCUGUCACCUUGAACCCUGUUUCUGCCAUACUUCUGUGCUACCAAGUUCUAUCCUGAAUAUUAUUCAGCUAAUUGCUGACUCCUUCAAGCUUGUUGGACAACAAUUGCCACUUACUGGUGCCAGACCUCUUGACAGCUCUGAGCCCAGUUUUCCAAUGGGGACAUGUAAAAUCAGGCCCAGUUUAUAUCUGUAUAUAGCUAAUUAAAAGCCCAGGAUAGGCAGGUGAAGAUGCUUGAAAAUCACAACUUGGCCCCUCAAAAAAUCUGGCCAUUUGUAGCUAAAACAAAUCAGGUUUCUAACUACUGAUCUAUUGCACAGGCAGAAAACGGCUCUCUGCUCAUAGAAUUCUCUCCCCUAGCAACCUGACUCCUUGCAGCAUGGGUGUGAUGUUACAAAACUAUAUCAAUAUUGUUGUCCUUUGCUGCUGGGUGUAAGCAGUGGCGGCAGAACCAAGAGACAAUUGCUUUCUCCUGGCUUUCCAGGUAUCAAACUAAGCAUGGAGAGCAGGCUUGGUGCAAUGAUCAUGUACUUCUUUGCAAAAGUGACCUGUGUAAACUUUCAGUGAGGCUUUAUUUGUAGCAGCAUUGCCUGGUGCAAAUACCUUCUGGGUAGUGAAAUGCAAAAAACCCAGCAAUUAGCAAAGCUGUGGUAACAGAAUACUGCGGUGGUAGCACAGGUGAAUCAGCUGAAAACUCUCUUCUCCCUCAGUGGGUUCUGGAGAAUUCAGUAGGAUGGCAGAGUGGGACAUGGUGCAGUACAUAGACACAGGCAUAAAACUUGAUGUGGGCUGGCCACUGCAGGCUCGGGGCUCCCUGCCCUGCUGCCCUUCCCCAGGGGGCCUCCAUUGCAAAGUGGAGCGAGGAGGCUUGAUGCCACUUCUGGGUGCCUUGCACCAGCUGCGCUACCAUGGUGAGGUGUCCCCUGCUCACUUGGCAGCAGCACAGGGCACAACUCUGUGCCACUAUCACUGUUGCUGCUGGAUGCACAGGGGGCACCUUGCCAUGGCAGCAUAGCCAGUGUGGGGCUCCCAGCAGUGUCAUCAAGUCUCCCUGCUCUCUCGUACUGCAGGGAGGGCAGCACGACCGGAAGCCCCAAGCCUGCAGUGAGCAGCUCGCAUCCUACCCCUGCACCACAGGCUCCACUCUGGCUGUGCCACCCAUGGGGACAGGGAGUGGGGCAGGGUGGGGGGUGAGGGGAGUGGUGUUUCAUGCUUCGUUCCAGCUACAGCAGAUGUCACUUCCUACAGGCCCUGGUCCAGUAGCCCUGGUAGCUGGGGGCUCCCUCUAGCAGGGAGGGGGCAGGGGGCCACAAGUUGUGAGUGAGGAACACCAGCAGGGCUGUGGAGUGGGGGAUUGUACGUGGGGAGUGAGGGGCACUGGCCAAGCCAGGGGGCUGUGGGUGGAAAGUGAGGGGCACUUAGGGAUGAUGGGAGGCAGCAGGUUGGGAGUUAGGGCCAUGUUGAGGAAAUGGGGUUAUGCUGAGGAAAUGGGGUCAUGCUGGGAAGCACUGAUAUAGGCUCUUUAACAGUUCUGUAACCCCCCACCAGGCCUCCACCCCAUCCACACUUGCUUACUUCGGGGUACUGACCACUAAGUAGCAGCACAAGGUCCUUAUACUCAGGGCAUUCAAGCAUUAGACAGCAACUAGGGACUUCUGGAAGCUAACUAGCCAGCAACCUGGCUCAAGUCACAGGCUACCAAACAGUUUGUUUUUCAAGCCAGGAGAGAUUGUAGGUGUUUUGCUACCAGCGUGUAAAGUUUGCUUGCAGGUUUAAAGAGUGCGUUUGUCAGAAGAAAUGAACACCUGCUCUGGGAGGCAUUGAGCAUGCUUUUUUAAGUGAUGCUCUUUUUUUGGAUGGGGCCUAGGGGUGAGGGGGAAGCUGGAGGCACCCUCCAACACGGCAGGAAUGAGAGACAUCAGCUGGGGGGGGGCGGCUAUGGCUUGGGAGUGAAGGGAAAUGGCAUGGGCAGGGGCAUGGCACUGGCAUGUCAGGGCUGCUCAGUACCACAAAGUAGUGGCCAAGACAGCCAGAGCUGGACCCAUGUCCUGUUGAGUGAAGGGGGCAGGGCUCUGUAUUUCCAUGAUAAAAAAAACCAAAAUGAAAAUGUUAAAGUAUAGGUAUUUCAAAUUUAUUUUAUUAUAAUUAUUUAGGCACUGGUAGGCUUCCAAACUGCUUUAAAAUUGUAAAAAUUUCAAUAUAUCAGCCUCCACUCCUCCAAAAAAAGAUUCCUGCCCAGGCAUAUGCAUCAAAGGUCUGGAUUGCCUUCAAGCAUACACCAUGAUCCAGGAGGAUUGACAGUUGCCACGAUCCAUGAAUCAUUGUGUUCAACUGAUACAUAUACAAACAUAUCCAUAUCUAGGUGUUUAAAUAUAGAGUGGCGUUACAUUGUAAUCAUGGAAAAAUGUGGAUUUUGGAUUUUUAAUCAGAGAAUUUUUUAUUUUUUUUUUUAAACAGAAAGCCAGGAUCCCUGCUUAUGACACCCCAGCAUGAGCUGUUAUAUAUGGUGCAGUUUUUGCUUGAGGGAAAUCAAGAGCAUGGGUGAAGUGUACAAAAAGCUGUCAUGCUUUUACAUAGAAAAUCCUGCUGACAUAAUUAAAGAGCUAUCAGAAGACAGUCCCAUAAUGUGAUAGAUCCCCUACAAUUUAAUUAUCAUUACACCAUUUUUUUUUUUUCAAUGUUAUGUCCAGAAUUAAAUAAGCUGUAAACCUGAGAAUGAGUGGACCCAAACUCUGUAACAGCUCUUGUUUUAAAAUAAAAUGCUUUCAGAAAAUGAGGGAAAAAAGUC